GAUGUUUUGCGUCGCCAGUAUGUGAUGGGAACAUUUGCUCCUUUUCUCGCAAAGCUCGUCUGCGGCGGCCCUGAACCAGGCACCAAUGAGUCGAGAUUUGUGAGAGGGCAGCAGUCAGCCGCGUGUGCUGGAUGUCUGUGACAGAUCCAUGGGCCAGAAGGACCAUGUGGAGGCAGGAGCAGGCCACAUCCUCGACCUGGUGCUGGAUUUGGAGUAUCUCCACGUAGCAGGGGCUGACCGGCAGGCUGGCUGCGCUGACGGGCCCCCUGCUAUGGAGGAGCAGGGGAAGCGCUCCGGCACCAGCAGCACCGCCAGUUCUCCUCCACCGGCUGCACUGGAGGAAAAUGCCGGGUCUGAUGCAGAGUGUGAGCUGGCGGUUUCUUCCAGCGCCACCCUCGCUGUCGUCCCCGACCCGGAUGGAGGAGAGGGAGGGUUAACUCACAGUAAAAACACCCACCAGCCGCUUUGUCGGACCCAGUGUGUGGACUUAGGCACUGAGGGUCCCCCCGAGCUCCCGUCUGAACUCUCACUAGAGCUUGAACUCGAUACUCCUGCGCAGUCCUCACCCAGCUCGCCGUGUAAACACCCACCUGAGCCUCCGUCCGAACCCUCCUCGUCGGAGCCCGAGGCCGGUGGGAAGGAGUACCAGGCCAAACUGGAGUUUGCCCUGAAGCUGGGCUACUCUGAGGAGACGGUGCGACUGGUGCUAUCCAAGCUAGGCCCCGACACUCUCAUCAAUGACAUACUGGGAGAGCUGGUCAAACUGGGCACCAAGUCAGACAGCGAGCAGCCGCCUGGAUCAUUAGCCUCUACCUCAUCUUCUUCAUCCUCCUCUUCCUCUUGUGGCUGUUCUGAUUUGCUUGAUAGCCAGCGGUCGGACUCGCCCUGUCCCUCAGACUCUCUGUGUGACCAGGACAACCUGCGGCCAAUCGUGGUGGACGGCAGUAAUGUGGCCAUGAGCCAUGGCAACAAGGAAGUGUUUUCGUGUCAGGGCAUCCAGCUGGCUGUGGAUUGGUUCGUAGAGCGUGGCCAUCACGACAUCACAGUGUUUGUGCCUGCGUGGAGGAAAGAGCAGUCCCGCCCUGACGCCCCUAUAACAGAUCAGGAGAUUUUGCGUCGCCUAGAGAAGGAAAAGAUCUUGGUCUUCACUCCUUCGCGGCGUGUCCAAGGUCGGCGCGUAGUUUGCUAUGAUGACCGUUUCAUCGUCAAGCUGGCCUAUGAGUCAGAUGGCAUCAUCGUCUCCAAUGAUAACUACAGAGACCUGGCGAAUGAGAAGCCUGAGUGGAAAAAGUUCAUCGAUGAGCGUCUGCUCAUGUAUUCCUUCGUCAAUGACAAAUUUAUGCCCCCAGAUGAUCCUCUAGGUCGUCAUGGUCCCAGCUUGGACAACUUCCUGAGGAAAAGACCUGUCAUGCCUGAGCAGAAAAAACAGCCUUGCCCAUACGGAAAGAAGUGCACUUAUGGCCACAAGUGUAAAUACUACCACCCAGAAAGAGGUGCUCAGCCUCAGCGUGCUGUGGCUGACGAGCUGCGUGCCAGUGCCAAAACCUGUGUCACCACAAAGAAUCAGGGGGACACUGGGCUGGUGAAGAGCCACAGUGUUCCAGCUGGCAGCAUUGAGGCGAAAAAAGGCGCCCCGAAAAGACAGUCUGACCCCAGCAUCCGAGCUCUGUCGUACAGCGAUGCUGAGGAGAAGCUGCUGGCAAAAGGGAGGGCGGAAAGCCAGAAAAGCAGCAUGUGUGGCAGCAGCAGUAGCAGUGUGAGUAUAAGCAUGUCCUCGGCCCCAGGAGGCCCUCCAUCCAGUUUUAACCUUUCCCAGGACCAGCAGUCCAGAGCAGCAACACCCCAUAGUCUCCUAGCCCCCAGCCAUGACCUCUACCCUCACUCUGAGUCUCCAGAUUUGAGCUACUACUCAGUAACACGUGCCUACUCUGGCCUGAGCCUCUCCUCCAGACGGAGCCCAGACUGUCGCUUCCCCAAUGACACAGACCUGCGGCUCGGCUCAGUGGGCUCAGCAGGAUCAGAAUGCGGCAGCGAAAGCAGCGUAAGUUGUGGUAGCAGCUGCGACUCGUACAGUGAGCGGCAAUGUCCUGGAUGCCCACCAGACACCCUACUGGAAGACAGCGUCCAUUUUGCCAAUCCCCACAGCCGGCUGUAUCCCCAUCAUGCCGCAUCAAACCAUGACCUAUGUGGCCUUCAUCCUGCGGAUUACACAAAUAUCCAGCACAGCCACGCGUCUAAUACCGGAGUACACAGCUACCACUUGAGCGUGGCCCGCGGGCAGAGCUGUGCUCACAAUCAGCCUCCACCAGAGGCGCCCCCAAAGCGCCCUCUCUACCCCCUGCCCCCUCACCUCCAGCAUCAUCCGCUGGCUGCACGCUCCAGCUGCCCAGGCGACUACCACUCCCUGACACAGUCCAACCCUCACCCCCCUGGCUCCCCUCUUGGCCGUUGCCUGGCCCCCACACGAGGAGAAAGUGUGUCAGACUCACAUCUGUAUGAACACCUCUCCACAUCGCACCAUCACCACCGCACAAAAGCUUUGCCCAGCUGGGACUCAUACUACAGGCAGCCUCCGUUGCCGCCCUCCAGGUAUGAGCCGUCGGCCUGCCAGAGCCUGCCAGACACACGCCAGUCAUCCUGGCACACCCCUCCUUGGGCACAGGACGGCUACGCCCAGCACCACUCCUCCCACCCAGCUCUCCACCCAUCCCCAACACAUUACUUAAACCACCCUCCACCUCCUGCCCACUCUCCUCACCCGCCUCAUCCAUCAAGUACUCCUCUCACGCCGUACCCGCCUCACAGCGCUCACCUGACUGUGCCCUCCCACGCUCCUUCCUCCUACAUGCAGCAGCACCCAGAAUCCCCUGCGCACAGCCGCUACGGGGACAUGAGGGAGAAAGUGUACGUUAACCUGUGUAACAUCUUCCCUUCGGAGCUGGUGAGCCGGGUGAUGGCCAGGAGCCCUCACAUCACAGACCCCCAGCAACUGGCAGCCGCCAUACUCGCAGAGAAAGCCCAAACUGGAUACUAAAAGGACAAUUUAGUCUCCCAUCAGAAAACAAUAGCAGUUAUGUAGUCUGAGUAAAAAUAGGAAAACACCAACGGUGGGUGGUUUGCAUCAGCAAACUGGAAUUUGCCUUUGCAACACUUGAAGCAUGUUGGGUUUGUAUUGUGGAAUAUGAAAUACUGGAAUGCUUUUGGAUUGUCUGCAGGAAGAGCUUUGUCUUUUCUUAUGGCAUUAAUGAGACAAUGCAUACGUUUCAAGGAAAUAAAUUGCUGAAGAUAAUUCAAAUGAAGCUCUGGUCACUGCGCAGCGACGACUAUAUCAAUUUAGUUGAGGGAGAGCAAGUCAUUUGGCAAAAUCUAUGACUGACACAGAGUGUAACUUGUGGAGAUUGUUCCAGAACUGCCCAGUUAGUCCUUUUUAUUUAUUUAGUAGCUUAUUAUGUGUCUUUCACAUGCAGGGCUUGUUAUGUAUCAAAUUAGGAAGGCACUUUUUGGUUUUACAGCCAAAUCCAGUGAGCUGGUAUCAUAUACAGACUGAUACAAAGGAUUAUUUAAGCAUUUUCAUCACAUUUUGGCCAGAUUGUACACUGUACAUACUGUCAGUGCUGAGUCAGUGUUAUAAAAUAUUCUUUUCCUUCAUGUAUAAAGCACUACAUGGAUGGGAUUUACUACUUUACCUUUUAAGACGUGGAUCGAAUCAGUUUUCUUGUCCUGCAUUCAUACGCCGCUCACGAGCAUGUUCACUCCGAAAACCAAAGAAAAUUGGUUUGAUUUCUUUCAAAAACACAGGAAAAAACGUAAUGAACAGCUUUGCAAGAUAUGUCCCAUAAAUUGAAGGGAAAAAAAAAGGAAAAAAA